AUGAAGAAGGUCAUCAAAUAUCUCUAUCUUGACGUAGACAUGCCCCUUGAGGACGUUGUCAAUAUUCUGUCUAGUGAAAAUGAUUUUCACACCAAUGUCAGAAUGUGCAAAAGACGAUUGCAACGAUGGAACUUCACAAAAAACAGCAGCAAGCAUAGGAGAAGCACAUUCCGUCAGAAGGCCAAGCCGGAGAGGCCCUCAAGCUUGUUGAAGUGGACAGCCCGACGUUUGAAGAAUAAAAGAGGGAAGAAUCGACAGAUUCCAGAUCCUAGCACGAUGGACACGGAUGCUGAGAGCACUAUGGAUGGUGAGAUCGACGACAUUUUCGGGUUGGGGAAUCUAGACAUGGAUAUUACCUGUGAUUGGGACACGGCCGCCCAGGAGCCUGUGAACUUGAACGACGACCCGCCUAUCCCAGGCAUGUUUCAGCCAUCUAACUGCACCGCUGUGUCGUCUGAUCCAACAUCUACCAUACGGCCCUUUCUUCAAAACGAGCUCAAUGAUGAACAUCGAGAGUCAGACAAAAUACCUGUAAACGAGAUUACUCACAAUGCCUCAAACCACGCGAGUUCCGGUGCUGUUGAAGAGCAGGACCUCAACUACACCGUGCCGCUGGCCAUGAUAACGGAAGCACCGAUUCCAAAAUAUGAAAGAUGUUGCCCUUAUCGAUAUGGGGAGAAGAAGUUUCGGUUGAUUCAAGAAAGCUCGGAUGGCAGAUAUCAGGGCGACUCUCUUGGAUAUGGCACCUACAUUGCCGAAUCCGAUGAGAGACUUUGUUCGUCGGCAUGUAAAUGUAGACAGAAUCAUUUCCCCUCUGCCUUCGCGUUUGUCGUUGAGCUCACUACCGCCGGCAUCAAGGUGGAUUUCAUGAGUGAAUCAUUAUGGGCCGAAGUCAUGCUUGUUUUACCGUGUUUCUUCAGGUCAACCGAGGGCUGUCGAAGCAUCGAUGGUCGAAUUCUCUUCAGAAACAGAAAUCAGUUGACAGCGCAUCUGGAAAACUUAUACGAGACAGAGCGGUUGAAUCCGACGUAUGCGACGCAUACAUCGCGGUCCCUAGAACUGGAACUACUCGUGCACGGACUUUUGGAAGACAAUCACUACCGCCAAUACGAUACGGCUGGAAGGGCAGGGCAUGAUAAUAGUGGCUGCUACCCCCUUGACCCUGAUGUCCUCUUCAGACCGAGAAAUGGCGAAGCUGAUCAUCUGAAAAAGCUCCGAGCCGAAUUCAAAGACCUCCAAGGACAUGACCAGCUCGAGUUCAAUAUUUCCAGGCUUGACGACGCCUUUCGUAUGGCCGAUCGGAACUUGGAUAUCCAUGAGAUGGACUCGGGCAACAUGGCCAUUCGAUAUGAGCUCAUUGCAGAGGACUCGCUUCCGUCAUCCAACGAAGACUCGGAAGCAAUGUCUCUCACAAGAUGGGAAGAAGAUUAUCUGUCCUCUCCCGGCACUUUCAGUAACACGUUCAGCAAUACCUCCAGAACCACAUCCAGCGAUGACUCUCUCAGCGAUCAAGACCUGAUCCAGGGCCCGAUAUACGAAUUGUGCUCCCGAGAACUCAGGACGCGUGAGGAAUUCGACGCUUCAAGGGUGACGAAUGUGGAGAAGAGACCUCCUGCGACCAAAGGCUCAACCUUGAACCCUGAGAUGAUCAAGAAAUUACUGGAGGGAACAUUCAGUGUCAACGACUGGAUUAUGAGUGCCGUAGCGAACGAGGACAUUGGUCUUGUACAAUCACUCCUCGAACUCGGAACAGACACAGAUGUUUAUUCUGGCGAUGGCCGGAAUCCUCCAAUUUGCAUCGCAGCAGAGCUUGGCGACAUACAAAUCGUGCGGGCGCUAAUCGAUCGUGGCGCAGCUGUCGACAAGACUGAUUCUAAGGGCCGAUCUCCGCUGCAUAUAGCAGCAGCCAAGGGACAUCGCGAGAUUAUGAUAUUCACGACUGGCAACAACGAGCAAGAGUUGGAAGCAUACCGGGAUGCUGUCUGGUCAAUCUGGGGGGUCACAUGCGAUGCGCUCGGCCUAGACGUUGGCGAAGCUGUACCAAAAGGUUUCCAAGACCUUGCUUCUGCAUUGGCUUCUAAGGCAGAUUUGCUGUACGGCGACAUUUCUCUGGGCGCCGAAAACAAGUUAGUCACGAAGUCAACUAGACGGUCCAAAAAUACUCGCCAACUCUCAAAUGAACCGUUGGCAGGAAAGAAUAACGAGACGAUUGUUUCGGAGAACAAUAUCGAAAGCUUCCUGCUUCAGGAGAAAUCAAUCGCACGUCAAUUAGGUCGGCCUCCGGACCGGACUCUAGCGGAAGAGAUCAGAACAGAUGCGACCAUCAUCGAACCGCCGGCAACCCUUUUGAUUGCCGGAACGAUCUUUGCAAUCUUCAUCGUUUUCAUGCAAGCAGCGGCAGCCGCGGUAGCUGGAGGCGUGGCCUCUUCUUUGUAUCUUGACGCGAAAUACCAUCUCUCGAAGGAUAUUAAUUCACUCCGAGGCCGCCGAACAGUCGUCAGCGCAAUUGAAAACGCUGUCAAGACCGAUCGCGUUUCUCCCUACUACAUCUUCGAACAAGCAGUCCAAAAGCAUCCCUACGAUGAGGCCAUCUGGACGAGAAAUGGAAGCGUCUCGUGGAAGACCACCUACGAUCGUGUCAACCAAUAUGCUCAACUAUUCCUCUCUUAUGGCGUCAAGCCCGGACAAUUCGUCGCUUUCUUCAUGCAGAACUCUCCCGACUUUGCCUUCGCCUGGGUAGGACUGCUCGCUAUCGGUGCCGCACCGGCCAUGAUCAACUACAACCUCACCGGCAAGGCUCUUCUCGGCUGUAUUGAGAUCAGCACGGCGAAACUUGUCCUUGUGGACGGAUCAGCGGAGGUCGCGGCGAAGUACCAGGACGUAAACACCGAGCUCGACAUGAAGGGGAUCAAGCUUAUCAACUUGGCCGAGGAGAAGCCGAGGGUCUAUCAAAUGGAUCCGAAUGACUUGGGAUUCCAUCCGACUGCUGGUAACAGCGAACGAUGCUACAUUUGCAUGCCAUACUAUCAUGGGACCGGCGGCAUCACGAUGAUGUCACAGAUACUUUCGGGAUCCACGGUUUGUAUGGCUCCAAAGUUCAGUGUAUCGACAUUCUGGGACGACAUUCGUGACUCAAAUGCGACCUGGUUCGUCUACGUCGGCGAAACGCUGCGAUACCUCCUCGCCGCGCCGCCUUCCCCGCGGGAUAAAGAACACAACGUCCAUGCCGUCUUCGGAAACGGCUGUCGUCCAGAUGUAUGGAGACGAUUCCAAGAACGAUUUGGUGUUGACACUGUUUGCGAGUUCUACAACAGUACUGAGGGUGCCUUGGGGCUGCGCAACCUUUCACGAGGAGAUUUCUUUGCCAACGCUGUUGGCCACCACGGCUUGCUACUUCGACUCAAGUACAGAAACAUGUAUGUUCCUGUCGCCAUUGAUACGGAGACUGGUGAAGUCCAAAGAGAUCCUAAGACAGGGCUGGCGAUCCGGAUGUCUUAUGAGACUGGCGGAGAAAUAUUGGUAGAACACCCAGGUGAGAGGGCGUUUCCAGGUUAUUUCAACAAUCCCGAUGCAACGGACAAGAAGUACGUGAGGGAUGUCUUGAAGAAGGGGGACAUCUUCUAUCGCACUGGUGAUUCUCUGAGACGGGAUGCUGAUGGCAGAUGGUUCUUCUUGGAUCGACUCGGGGACACCUACCGGUGGAAGGGUGAGAACGUGUCUACAGCUGAAGUGUCGGAAGUGCUCGGAGAAUACCCCGGUGUGAAUGAAGCAGUUGUUUACGGUGUUUCCCUCCCUGGCCACGAUGGAAAAGCUGGCGCGGCAGCUCUGGAUAUCGCUCCAGACAAGAAGGCGUCCUUCAACUUCGCUGACUUCCUGAGGUACUCGCGAUCCCGGUUGCCACGAUAUGCCGUGCCCAUUUUCGUUAGGCUAUUGAAUGCAAGCCAAGCCAGCCACAACAACAAGCAGAACAAGGUGCCAUUGAAGAACCAAGGCGUUGACCCGAGCAAAAUCGAGGGUGGAGAUCAGCUUUUAUGGAUUGAGAAGCACGGCAAGGGGAACACCUACGUUCCAUUUACGCAGGACGACUGGGACAACCUUGGGCAGGGCCGAGCGAAGCUGUAG